AUGAAGAAGUUUCACGGAUCGAACAUCUGGAACGCUCCUACCUUCGGGCCCAAGCCCUUGGCAGACAUUAUAUUAACGGCUCACGAUAUUAUCGCCCUGUCGCCCAAGUUCUGGCGUAUCCACAAGGACUACAUGGCUAUCAGAGAUAGUGCUGCUCAUACAAUUCUUAUGAUUCACGUUAAUCUCUUUGCCGGGACUGUUGCGCAGUAUGCCAUGGAUCGACCGUAUCUACACCCUCUUAUGGACGACAUCCUCAAUUUCAAUGUCAUGUGCGCAAGACUGCAUCCUAUUUUCCUGCUAUCUGCUAAUUCUCCCAGUGGCUCCUUUAUGCUCACUGAGGUUGGGCAUGGUUGUGAUGCAAGAAACCUCGAGACCACAGCGACUUUACAGUCGGAUGGAAGCUUUGACUUGCACACGCCUCACCCCGGCGCAUCCAAGCCGAUUGCAACCAUUCCUCGCGUUGGCGUCGUUCUCGCCCGUCUCAUAGUCGACAACGACGACCUGGGCAUACGAGCCUUCUUAGUCCCCUUAACCGGAAAGGGGCACAUGAAGCCAGGUGUGAAGUCUCAGCUUCUACAACCAGCCUCCGGCGGGCGAAUGCUUGACUACAGCAUCACUAGCUUCAAUCACGUCCGACUCCCAGACUCAGCCAUGCUCGGGGAUUUCGCUAAACCAGACAACAUGCGCACGAAUUUUCUUUCCACAAUUCAGCGUAUUGGGACAGGCACUCUAGCUCUUAGUAUUUGGGUUUCUACAUUUCUCAAAGGUGCUGUCUACAUCGCUGGAAAAUUUAGCCUGUACCGUACAGUCCAGCAGGGAUUACAUGGCGAACGUACGGCAAUUAUCAACUUUCGGACCCAACAUCGCCCGAUCUUACACGCGCUUACCCAUAUCGCGGUAUUGGAACCCUUGGCAGACUGGAUUGAAAACAACUUCGUCGACGAGACGCUCCACCCAAGCGCAAGGCACGGACUGGGUGUCGUUCUCAAGGGGAUCUCUAUUCAGCUCGGACAGAGGAGCUUGGCGAACAUGAGCGAGCGAUGUUCUGCUCGAGGAGUAUUCAUCCAUAACCAGAUCAUGGAGAUGGAGGCACUGACACGUCUCACCAGCAUCGCCGAGGGAGAGAUGCUCGUCCUCACAAUCCGACUAGCCACGGAGCUCCUCAUAGGCCGAUACUCCUUGCCCGAGCCCAGAUACCCCGAUUGUCUGUUGGCGCGUCAUGAGGCGGGCCUCAUAUACGAAGCGAGAGAGAUGAUUCAAUAUAUCUCUCAUUCAUUAGUAGCGGCAUCCAACGCUCAAGACCAAGGUCUCGAUCAAUCAGGAAACGAUAGCAACCACGCCCACCGCAGCGAAUCAUACAACAACAGCAUCCUUCCCCUCUGCCGCCCACUCAUCCUCGCCAUCGCCCAUCGCAUGGCUUACGAAGCCGCCCUCGACGCAUCCAUCGACCCCAACCUCCUGGCUCUUUUCGAGGCCGAGAUGAUCCAGACAGACCCCGGUUGGUACAUCGAGCGACUAGGGCUCAGCCGAUCAGUGCAGGCGGACAUGGAAGACCACGCCAUGGACGCGCUCUUUCCCAGAAUUGAGGAGCUGCUAGACCGCCACGGGGCCGUUGAGCCGUACCUCACCGCACCGAUGAUGUCCUCGUCACGGUGGGAUGAGUUUCAAAGGUCGUUGCCUACUUUCGACGGCAGAGAGGCAGCUAGGCUGUAA